AUGAAUCCUCCUCAUUAUGUUUGCUACACUAUCGCCUGGAAACUGGUACUCAACCGCAAAACGGUGGGUAAAGUGACCGAAGACGACUUGAUCGUAGCCCCCACCAACGCGUUCGCUCUGAAGGCACAGCUGUCACCGUGUCUACGCAGGUGUAUCGUGUCGGUCAACGACAAGUCGUUGAAGGAUUUUGAGAAAUUCUAUAGUUCUACUAACAUUGGUUGGAAGCCAGUGAAGAAACAGCUACGUAAGUGGAGAAAUUUGCUCCGUAUGGGUAAAAAGAUUAGGGUUCUCAUUGCCUUCAACUACAGCUACGAUGAUGACGAUCAGGCGAGGCUAUCAUCACGGAGGGUCGAGAAGAGAGGCCGCGUGUUAGCAACUAGUAGGAUGCUGGCUGAGUAUAAAGCACAUAUUGAUACGGAAGAAGAGGCCACCGGACGGCCUUCAACCUGGAGUCUCGUGUAUGAUCGUAUGCGAUGUGUCAUUCGCUCAUAUCCACUCAUGUCUGAUUGGUGCUGGGAGGAUCCAAAGGACAAGAAACAUAAUAAGCUUAGGGCCCCGUACCUUGAACGACUCAUUGAUCAUGUUGACGAAGGUGGUAGUCUAAAUGACCAUGAUGAUGCCCCUAGUGAUAUCCGUCGAGACCUCAUUUUAGAAAGCCAGGCAGGGAAGAAAUCCAAAAGGUAUCAAUGUUCUCCUAGCAUAAGCCGCGCAUACUUCGACAGGCGCUUUAUUACCUCCAGACCAGUUUCUCAUGAGAGUCUUAUGAUACCUGGAACUCGAGAGCAGGCUAUGAGGGAAUACUGUAAUUGGCUGGAAUCACGCGCCAAUGACGAAGAUUACAAAGCCGAUUUCCGAAAAAUAUGCCAGGUAACUUUGGAAAAUCGCCUAGAUCUUGAAUUGAUCCUCGACGGCCCUGAUGCUGGCUUCUUCUUCGUUCAGCGAGAAAUUCAAAUUGGAACUGCACGUCGCUUUUUGUGCGACAUCAACGAAUUACACCGAAACAUUACACAUGAACCGACCUCUGGCGAGAUUCUUGAUGUUGCCGGGUAG